CGCCGGUGCCGGUGCCGGGCAUGGCCCAGCUCGGCGCCAUCGCCGCGCUCGCCCUCGGGGUCGCGGCCGCCGCGCUGCUCUCGGCCGUGCACAAGAUCGACGAGGGGCACAUCGGCGUCUACUACCGCGGCGGCGCGUUGCUGACCUCCACCAGCGGGCCCGGCUUCCACCUCAUGCUGCCCUUCAUCACGUCCUACAAGUCAGUGCAGACCACGCUGCAGACGGACGAGGUGAAAAAUGUCCCGUGUGGCACCAGCGGGGGAGUGAUGAUUUAUUUCGACAGGAUCGAGGUGGUGAAUUUCCUCAUCCAGAGCGCGGUGUACGACAUCGUGAAGAACUACACAGCUGACUAUGACAAGGCUCUCAUCUUCAACAAGAUCCACCACGAGCUGAACCAGUUCUGCAGUGUCCACACGCUGCAGGAGGUGUACAUCGAGCUGUUUGAUCAGAUUGAUGAAAACCUUAAACUGGCCUUGCAGCAAGACCUAACCACGAUGGCCCCUGGAUUAAUUAUACAGGCAGUUCGAGUUACAAAGCCAAACAUCCCUGAAACAAUCCGGAGGAAUUACGAGCUCAUGGAGAGUGAGAAGACGAAGCUGCUGAUUGCGGCGCAGAAGCAGAAGGUGGUGGAGAAGGAGGCAGAGACAGAGAGGAAGAAAGCUCUCAUCGAGGCAGAAAAGAUUGCACAAGUUGCUGAAAUAACUUAUGGACAGAAAGUGAUGGAAAAGGAAACAGAGAAGCGAAUUUCGGAGAUUGAAGAUGCUGCAUUUCUUGCACGGGAGAAGGCGAGGGCUGACGCUGAGUGCUACACUGCCAUGAAGGUGGCUGAGGCCAACAAGCUCAAGUUGACUCCCGAGUACUUGCAGCUGAUGAAGUACAAGGCAAUUGCAGCCAACAGCAAGAUCUAUUUUGGCAAAGAUAUUCCCAAUAUGUUCAUGGACUCUGCAGGGAGCCAGACCAAAUCUGCAGAGGGACUGGCAGAAGGAAUCCAAGAUGAAGAUGGGGCAGGAAUCAGCGAGGACACAAAACUGCUUCAUGGUGUCAACUGAAAGAUUUCUAUUCGUUUUAUAUCAAAAAACCCCCAUGAACUGGGAAGUUCCUUUUUGUUUUCCCCCUUUCCCGUGCUGAAAGAGAUGAAUCAGACUUAAUCCUUUCAAUCUUUUGUAUGACAAUUAGACACAAGGACUUUGGUAAUUAUGGGGUGGGUUUUCGGGUAACUUCUAAGCAGCCAACUCUAGGUGUGUCCUGUAGCUGCACCUCCCCUGCUCUUGGUCACACACACCCAGGAGUCUGGAGAGGCUGGAUGGGAACUUAAUUUGAGAUUGAAGUGGUUCGUAGCAGUUGGAGGUAAAGCAAUGCUGAGGUUUUGGAGGGAGGGGAAUCGCUGCUACGACUUGUUUUGUUUCGUUUUUUUUUCUUAUUGGAAAUUCCAAGUACUUGUUUCAACCCCCUUUCCAAACAAGGUGCUAGAUCUGUACACUACACGUGGCUGCUCGAGGCCUGGGCAGUGGCAGGUUCUGCUGAGCUCACGUGCACCAUGAGGGACAGAAGCUCAGCUGGAAUCCUGCAGGUUCCCAGUCUUUGGGGGGGGGGAUCAAAGCCUUAGACUGCACGUCACGCAGGCAGUGACCCAAAGUCCUCGUUUUCCGCAUCCUAACACUGCUUUGUUUUCCACUUGUCGUGUUUUUUGUAGCAGUUGGGCUGCUGGGUGAGGGUGUGGGCACAGGGGCAGUGUCCUGGAGGGCAGAGCUGGACGUGAUUUUCGGUGAAACCAGGCUGCAGGCGUGGAAAUUGUCACUGUCACAGUCAGAAAAACCAGGGAGGAAGGAAUUUUUGUCUCAGGGACCCUGACUUUGCAGAAAGCCUUGCAGGGGAGGAGCUGCUGGAGUGACCAGACGGUCGUUAACAGCUUAUUAUCUGCUCUGCAAGAGCAACUGGAUCUCGGUGUUUUCAGAGUGUGACUAGAAAAAGGGCAUUCGGGUGAGCUGAGAUGAGCAGAACUGAGCUCCUGUGGGUUUGGGUCUGAAUACACCUUGUGGAGGGAAGAUUUCAAGAGUAGCCAAGGGCACAAACCGUCAUCCUGAAAGGUCCCAGGGCAGAGAGAAGCAGCUCUUGUCUGAACUGCCCGAAGUUGAAUUCCCCUCUUUCUCUCAGAACAGUGCUAGAAUGCACCUUCCACUUCAGAGAACUGAGGAAUUCCUCACAUCCCAGAUGCGAGGAGGGAACAGAGUUUUGUUUUCCACGUGCAAAAUUCGAAGUUCAGGCCUAGAGAGAACAUUUUUUUCUCUCCCUACUCCAUCUGCACUUGGCAGCAGAGCCUGGUAGUUGAUUGCUGAUAUGAUUUGAGGCCAAUAUCCUCAUCUGAGAUGAUGCCAGUGCUCGUCAGAGACCAGCCUGUUGCGUUCACAGGCUCGUGCCCCAAAUUCCUGCUCCCCACCACCCCUGGCCUCACCCUUCAGUGUUUAAAUCUGCAGCAGUCUGUGUAACAAGGCAUCACACUAACAGAGUUCUGAUGGAUCUCAGCUGCUGGCUCCAGGGCUUUUACAGCAGUUCUCUCUUCCCUGUUGGGAGAGUGACUCUUGAUACUUGAAAAUGCAAAGUAGAAGCUGAGCGUUUCUGCUGGAGAAGAGUCCCAUCUUCUUUGUAUUUCUUGGAAAAUAGGACCUAAGGGAAGUCCCAUUUCCAGACCAACAUCAGACCCACAGCACUCAAACAAUUGCAUCCCCAGGGGAGCUGCAGUAUUCCUCACUCAUAACUAGGUCUGUGCAGGGAGAUUAUAAACAGGGAAUAGCAGAAAUUUAGCAAUGGGAAGGUAGUACCUGAUCCCUUGAGGAUGAGUUUGUUUGGGAUUGUUCUAUGUUCAUGCUUGAGGUUUCCAUCAGCAACUAAAACCUCCUUUUACACAAGUAUUUUUCACUAAUGAAAGGACCCAACUAAGCCAAAGUGGUAUUAUAAAGUCAUUUUUUAAUGUAUGACUUCACAGCAAGACAAUAGUUUGGGAUAAAGAGCUCUUAAGGAUUCUUUUAAUUAAAACCAUGACUGCUAAAGUAUUAAUGUAAUUUAGUUAAAUUGUGCUAAGAGUAAAAAAUCAAAAGCAAAGUUGAGUGUAUCAGUCUUGACAAGCCAAAAUCCGUUGUUGCAUCUUCAUUCACUCUUUGUAAAAUGUCCUGAAUUUUCCAGAGUGGAUCUGUCAUUCCAUGUAAACCUUUAUUCCCUCUGUCUCCCUCUUAAAGGGGCAUUUUGUCCUGUUUCCGUGAUCUUGAGGUGAAGAUCUGAAUUUUAAACCCACUGUCUCACAAAGGAAACAGAGGUUUGUGGCACUGCUGCUACCUGGGAAUGGCUACGGGGAGCAUGGGAAUGCUCUUUGAUCUUCUUAUGUACUGAAUUCAAAGCCUUUUUAUUUUGGUAUUUGCUAUGACAAUAAAAUGGCCUUCGAUUUUACUAUC